AUGGCUUCGGAACACACGACAUUGACCGGCGAUGCCUCACCCCUUCGGGCGCCGACGGCACCAACCGCCGAUGAAGAUGCCAGCAGCGGCAACAAGGAUGCGUCCGGGCCGCCUGGCGACGACGGCGAUGGGAUGGUGACGGCGAAGAUCCCCGUGCGUACCAAGGAAUCCUUCAACAAGCUCAUGAUUGAGCGGUACACUAUGCGGGACUCCAUUGCUGCCGCCGCUCUCAACCAACAGCACCUUCAUACUAGGGAGUACCUGGGCAGGAUGCGUGAUACCGUGGCCGAUUAUAGGGCUAUGCGCAGCGACUACCGUCAGUGGUUUACCCCGGGAAGGCUGUACGGAGACGGUUAUAGCGGAUUUGGUAAUGGGCACACGGAGAACCAGGCCCCCUCGAGGGUCGUGUACCCCCAGCAAAAGGUGCGCCCGGGCCGCAGGAUCACGCCGCCCCUCAAGUGGAAGCGCAAGGACAUGGCCAAGCAGGCUGACCAGCAUGAGGAGCUGGUGCCAGUAAGGCUUGAGGUGGAGUGGGACAAGGUAAGGCUGCGCGACACUUUUACCUGGAACCUGCACGAGCGCAUCGUCCACGUCGAGCUCUUUGCUUCGCAACUAGUCGAAGACAUGGGGCUCAAGCCGCCUGCCGCCCAACCCGUCUUCGACCAAGUGGUGCACCAGAUGCGCGAGCAGCUCAACGACUUCUACCCUCUCGUCUACUCGGAUGAGGACGCCCUUGAUCCAGAGCUUCCGUACGCCGCCUACAAGAACGAUGAGAUGCGCGUCCUCAUCAAGCUCAACAUCACCAUUGGCCAGCACACCCUCGUGGAUCAGUUCGAGUGGGAGAUCAACAAUCCCUCAAACUCUCCCGAGGAAUUUGCCGCCAACAUGUCGCGCGAUCUGGCCCUGUCCGGCGAGUUCACCACGGCCAUUGCCCACUGCAUCCGCGAGCAGACCCAGCUCUUCACCCGCAGCCUGUACAGCGUCGGCCAUCCCUUUGAUGGCCGCCCCAUCGAGGACCCGGAUCUCGUGUCGGCCUUCCUGCAGACGCCCUUGCCCAGCGUGUUCCGCCCGCAGCAGCAGGCCAAAGAGUACGCUCCCUACUUGUAUGAGCUCACCGACGCCGACCUUGAGCGCAACGAGACAAUCCUAUCGCGCGAGCAGCGGCGGCAAAAGCGAUCCAUCAACAGGCGUGGCGGACCGCAGCUUCCCGAUCUUAGGGAGAGGCAGCGGACGAUCCGGACGCUGGUGGUGUCGUCGACGCUGCCCGGCGCCGCAGCGAACCCGGAGGAGAGCAGGCUGUACAAGACGGUGGUCAAGCCUGGCAGGAAGAGGCAGCUGCGCGACGGCGACCUCUCAGAGUCAGACGACAGCGAGGAUUCAGCACCCGACUCCCCCGCGCCGACGUCGUUCCUGGCUCAGGGCACUGCCCGUACUAGAGGCAUGCGCGGAGCCGCCUCAGUUGCCACGCACAGGAUGGCGCACUUAGGCCGGUCCGAGACGCCCGACGCUGCCAUCGAAGCGUCAACACGGUCGUCGCGCCGCCUCCGCGACGAGACCGAGGAGCCCACGCAGCUUAUCGUGACAUUGUCGGUCAACAAGGAGAAGCUCCGCAGACUCAUACGCGGCGACUACCGCGACAUCAAGGCCACGCCGUCCCAGCCCCAGACCCCCACCGGCACCCCCCGGAUGCGCCAGCCCAGUAACCCGAAGACCAUGCCACCUCCUCCGUCUACGCCGGCUGCCAUCGCCACCCCCACCGCCGCCCCAUCUGCGACCCCGCAAGCCUCGGGUAGCACAUCAUACACAUACCCGCCAGGACAGAUUGGUCGUCUGCCGGCACCACCCGUGAUGCCCGGCCAACCACAGCCCCCAUCGCCCCCGGCUCCCGAUUGGCUGAUCCAGGCUCUUCGCGACCUGCAGUCCCGAUAUCCCAACGACAGAUUCGAGGCCACAAUGAAGUACUCGUACCUCGACCCCCAGACGGAGCUGCCUGUCCAGACCACGCCGCUUCCCGAAGGCGUUAAGCACGCCUGGCUGCCGCGCAUCCGCUGCCUAGACUGCCUAUCGAAGCUGUACACGCCCGGACCGGAUAUGACCGCGCAAAAGUUUGAGGCCCACCUCAAGUUCUCGAGUCACAAGGAAAAGGUCAAGCAGAGGGUUGUCGCCGAAGCUGCUGCCGCCCAAGGGGGAGGAGCAGAAGGGCCGUCGCCGUCAUUAGCCGGUGGUGCUGGCGGUGCCGAGGAAUCAUGA